CGAAACGAAACACAAAUACAAAUAUUAGCCAGGAUUAAGCAAUAGCCAUUAUCAUGUAUCAGAAUAAAGUGGUGUUGACGCGCGAACGACGCCGUUUUGGUCGCCAGUGCCUGUUCGAGGAUCGUAACGAGGUGAUGGUCAGCAUCCAUCCGAGCAGUCGCCUCCGUCAGAAGUAUAUCAUGGGCAAUCCGCAGAACUGCAAGACUCAACUGAGCGACGUGAUGGCGGCCAGUGAAGCGAACACAGAGAAUGCCACAUUCGAAGAUCGCGGAAUGCUGCACCACGAGGGCGGUUGGCCCAAGGAGGUGAAUAUGAACGACGAAGAGCAGACGGUGCGCCACCGCAAGAAGGUUGAGCGUGACGAUACCUGGGGCGUGGAGGUGAAGCAACUGAUACGCUCAACAAUGAAUACGGCUCGUGAGAAUAAUGCUAUCAAUAUCUAUAAUCAUUACUUUGAUGAUCUGCCCUCUGAUUUGGGACGCACAAUUUGCAUGCCGUUCAAGAGUCGCACGAUAACGAUCAUCCACGAUAUGUGGAGGCCACAGCGCUAUAUGUCCACCAUCAACUGGAUGCCCAACAAUGACAAACAGAUCAUGACCCAAUACACAAAUCUCUAUACGCGGAACAAUGAAAGUCAACGCAUGUUGACACAAGAUGACACAAACGGAUCCACCCAAGCCUUCUAUGUGUGGGGUAUUAGGGAUCCGGUUAAGCCCGCUUACUUUUAUGACAGCAAAGAGGUGGUUCGUACUGCCAAGAUCUGUCCCAAAGAGGAGAACCACAUAGCGGGUGGCACAUUGUCGGGCAAGGUGUGCAUCUGGGACACCUUUGAGAGCGGCAUGCCCACCAGCAUUUGCCCCAUGGAGGCGGCCCAUCGGGAGCAAACCUCGUGCAUUAGCUGGGUGCAUUCGAAAUCGAACACUGAAUUCUACAGUGCAUCUCUGGAUGGUUCAAUUAAAUUCUGGGAUAUACGUGAUCUUAAAAUGCCAUCGAACGAGAUACUUUUGGAUCCGAAUCCAAUUCUACGACAGAAGCGUCAGAAUGCGCAUGGAUGCACAGCGCUAGAUUUUGAAUAUACAAUCCCCGUGCGUUUCGUUGCCGGCACCGAUAUGGGAAGCAUUUUUGUGGGCUAUCGCAAGGGUACCACUCCCAUGGAAAUGUUAAUUGCCAACUAUAAACUGUUUGCCGGCCCCAUACGCACCAUUCAUCGGAAUCCGUUCUUUGUGAAGAGCUUUCUGCUCGUUGGCGAUUGGCAGGCGCGCAUCUGGUGCGAGGAGAUGAAGAAUUCGCCCAGCACCUUUUACGUGUCGAAGCGAAAUCAGUUGAUGUGCGGCGCCUGGAGCAAUGGGCGCGCCUCCCUCUUUGUCACCGGUGACAUCGAUGGCGUUGUUGACUUUUGGGAUCUACUCUUGGAUCAGCAACUGCCCAUCUAUAGUAUCAAUUUCCGUUCGACCAUAACCGGCGUUGUGUUUCAGCCGAGUGGACAUCUUUUGGCCAUAUCGAUGGCCAAUGGCGACACGCACAUCAUGAAUCUCGAUGAGGCCAUGAAGCGGACAACCAGCAAGGAGAAGGCACUCAUGGCUGACAUGUUUGAGCGUGAGAUUACGCGCAGCAAGCUGUUGGAGGCGCGCGUCGAUGAGAUCAAGCUGAAGAAGCGCACCGCUCUUUUGGAACAGGAGGAGGAGGCGGAGCGCAUUUCGAAGGCGUCCUUGGUGAAAGCGAAUGCAAUGCCCGAUCUGGAGCUCGAUCCCGAUAAUCCCGAACAGUUCAUCCUGAUGAUCGAGUCCGAUGAAGAGUUUCGCAGUGCUCUACGCGAUUUCCACGAGACGCUCGCGGCAGUAGAUCGCGAGCGUGCCGCCCAAAAGAAGGUCAUGGAGAUCACCGAUUUCGAGCAACUCCACCGGGACAACCUGGCCGAGCAGGUGAGGCUCGAGGAGAUGCGAAAGAAGCGUGCCGGCUCUGUUAGCUCCAAGGAUGGUCGAGAUGGCAAGAAGACAAAGGGCGCCAAAGGUGCGAAAAAGAAAACAAUCAAUUGAAAUAAAUAUUUACAUAUAAAAAUGUACAUUAAAAAUUAAGAAAUCGGCAAACCAAGAAUAUAUUCUCAUCUGGAAUAAAUACUCAUUCUAGAAAUUGUAAUUAAACA